CAUUCGGUGAGCGUUUCUUCAUUGCGAACGAUUGCACAUUCUAGUGUCCCGUCGCUGUCGUCGUUGUCAUCAUCGUUGUUAAAUUCCAGUGAAAAUAAAGCAGCUAAAAUAGUGCAAAAAUUACCAUAAACUGUGCCCGAAUCUGCAAUUUGAACAGGUUUCCUUUUAUUUUUUGGUUUUCCUUUAAUUUUCUUUCCCGACCCCUCUGGCAAGUUUAAAGAUCCCAACCAAUAGUUUCUACAGUAACAGUGAUUAAAUUAAAGGACUCAUCUCUGAAUAGAAGGAAAGUGAUUCAACAGUCGAGAACAUGGCAGAUCAACAACAGUACUUCCUGAAGUGGAAUGAUUUUCAAACCAAUAUGGUGACCUCAUUCCGGCAUCUACGCAACGAGAAAAGUUUUACAGACGUGACACUAGCGUGCGAAGGACAAACGUGCAAAGCACAUAAGAUGGUAUUAUCGGCAUGCAGCCCUUAUUUCAAAUCUCUCCUAGAGGAGAACCCAUCAAAGCAUCCGAUCAUCAUCCUGAAAGACGUCUCGUACAGUCACCUGCAGGCAAUUCUUGAGUUCAUGUACGCCGGUGAGGUGAACGUGUCCCACGAGCAGUUGCCUACGUUCUUAAAAACUGCCGAUAGACUGAAAGUGAAGGGCCUCGCGGAGACCCCGACAAAUAUCAAACGGGAGGGCUAAUCUGGGGUGCACUGUUCGGGGGGUCCCUUAUGUGAUUACUUCUCCCUUUCUGGACACGCUCGACGUACCAUUUCUAAUCAACGUUUAUUAUGUACGCAACCAUUACGAAGAUACUAUAGCCAGAUCGAAAACAAAACCACAAGCCUAGAUACAGCACUUAUCAUACUGUAGACUGGAGCAUACUACAGUCAAUAAAUAUAUAAGUAGUUAUACAAAGCUGCGUUGAGCGGAUCCCGCGACGGAGAAGGAAAGAAAUGUAAGGUUUAAAAUUUUAUAAAAUCAAAUACAAUUGGGACAAGUAACACAGCAUACACCCAUACUAAUAUGAGAGCAAGAGAACGAGCGACCGUGCGUAUAGUAAGAAUAUUAACAUUAAAAUUAUACAACAAAACGUAGUGGAAGUUCCAUCUUUUCCACGUUAUUUUUUAGUUAUAUUAGUGAUAGUAAUGUCAAAUUCCAAAAAAAAAAAAAAAAAAUUUGAAGACAGCAGCAAUUAUCUUCAUAAAUUUUAUUCUGUUGAUUGAUUUAUUCAUGAGAAUGCACCAGUUUCCCUAGUUUGUUUUUUUUUGUGCAGAAAACCAGCAAAGUUUAAUAAAACAAUACCGCUCACAGAGGCUGUACAUCAACAUUAGAAGGCGUGCAGCCUAUGGAGUUAUUUUUGCUGGUACCUACUUCAAAUUGAGUUCAUCCAGAAAUUGUGCGUUUUUUGUAAUAUGUAAAUAUGGAACGAAAGCGAAAUGAUACAGUUAUAGAUGGCCGGGAGAUGGUGCUGAUAAAAAAACAGGCACAUUAAAUAAGAGUAUGGGCAGGGUAAAUUCUAUCCUUCAUGGAAAAAUCGAUUCGGAAGAUGCCCACGCAGAAUAUAUACUAAAGAAAGGAUCAAUUUUAAUGUAGAAAAUAUACAUUACUUGCGAAUGAAAGUUUAUCUUUUCGAUUUUUUUUAAUCUAUUCUCUUGUAAAAUCGCCCGUUUGCAAUGAAACAAAAAAAAAAAAAAACACCUGAAUAAGCAUGGUUUCCCCUUUACUUUGAGCUAUCUCAUCCUAUAUAUGAUUUAGACAUGUAUCGCUAUUAUAUAUUUUGUUAGCACAAUUGUAUUUCAUGAGACAGUACAUUUUGUAGGAAUUCUGUAAAAGCUAA